AUGAAGGUCAAGGCUGACCGUGACGAAUCCUCUCCUUACGCUGCUAUGUUGGCUGCUCAGGAUGUCGCUGCCCGCUGCAAGGAGCUUGGAAUCAACGCCCUCCACAUCAAGAUCCGUGCUACCGGUGGUACGUAUAGCAAUAUAUCAACACAGUCCUGGCAAGCGGAUGUGCAGAUUCUUACUUUAUUUACAGGUAACGGAACCAAGACCCCCGGCCCCGGUGCUCAGUCUGCCCUCCGUGCUCUCGCCCGUUCCGGUAUGAGAAUUGGCCGUAUCGAGGACGUCACCCCUACCCCAUCCGACUCUACUCGUCGCAAGGGUGGUCGCAGAGGUCGUCGUUUGUAA